CGACAAGUUGUUCGCGUUGCCUCUCGAUGCAAGAUCACACAGCUCGCAGCACGGGUGCGUUGCAAGCUGGUGUAGGCCGCCAACUCGAUAUAGGUGGUUCUGACACUGCUCAGUGCCCAUGGCGGACCCGUGGCAUGAGUAGCCAUACGAGGCCCCGAUAUGGACAUAGAAGCCUCUGCGUCAAGACACGUCCAAAUGGCAGAUGCGGCUCGUCGUUGGGCUGGCCCCUUCGCAGGCCUUGAUUAUGCGUCGCUGGCGGGUGGCUAGGGCUGCCUCCCUCCCUCUUCCCCCCGGCGGUCGCAGUCUCAGCUCUGCGCGCGGUCCUAGCACAGCUGUCUGAGUGCGACGCCGGCGCACCGAAUAGAUAUAUAGAGUCUCUUCAAAGUCCCUCCUUGUCUCCAGGUCAUGCGCCUCACGGCCCCCCUCUACUCGCUUCUCUGUGCGGCAACGGUGUUCGGCGCGUCGUACGAGGACUGGCAACGCCGCUCAAUCUACCAGCUUGUGACCGACCGCUUCGCGACCUCCGAUGGGUCCUCCCCGGCAUGCAACACCUCCGCACGACAGUACUGCAACGGCACCUGGCAGGGCGUCAUCUCCAAGCUCGACUACAUCCAGAACAUGGGCUUCGAUGCCAUCUGGAUCUCGCCCAUCGUCGCGAACCUCGCGGGCGACACCGGCGAUGGCGCCGCGUACCACGGCUACUGGACGGUCGACCAGACGAGCCUGAACGACCACUUCGGCACGGACGGCGAUCUCAAGCUGCUCAGCACGACGCUGCACGAGCACGGCAUGUUCCUCAUGGUCGACGUCGUCGUCAACCACAUGGCCGCCCCGCUCCUGACGGGCACGGCGAACUCCUCCGAUCCAAGUGCGCCCGCCCCAGCGGUGAACUACGCCGCGUUCACGCCGUUCAACAACGAGUCCUCGUUCCACCCGUUCUGCUGGAUCACGGAUGACGCGAACCAGACGGACGUCGAGCAGUGCUGGCUCGGCGACGCCGCGGUGCCCCUCGCGGACGUCGACACGGAGAAUCCGGACGUCGUCGCGUUCUUCAACAGCUGGAUCGCAGACCUCGUGACGACAUACGGCAUCGACGGCUUGCGGAUCGACACGGUGAAGAAUGUAAGGAAAGACUUCUGGCCUGCGUUCGCGCAGAGCGCGGAUGUGUGGAGCAUCGGGGAAGUAUACGACGGGGACGUCGCAUACGUCGCGAACUACUCAGAGGUCCUCGACGCGGUGCUCGACUACCCGAGCUUCUACCCGCUCACGCGCGGCUUCCAGAACAGCUCGGGCGACCUCACGCAGCUCGCCGCGUCCGUGGGCGACGCGCAGCACGCAUACAGGCUGGGCACGUUCAUGACCGGCUCGUUCCUCGAGAACCAGGACAACCCGCGCUUCCCGUCGCUCACGACGGACCAAUCGCUGAUCGUGAACGCGAUGACGUGGGUCUUCGUCCAGGACGGGGUGCCGAUCUUGUACUAUGGCCAGGAGCAGGGGUAUGCGGGGGCAGAUGACCCCUAUAACCGCGAGGCGCUGUGGCUCUCCGGGUACGAAGAGGACAAGCCGCUCGUGGUCCACGUCCGCGCGCUGAACGCCGCGCGCAAGGCCGCGAUCGCGUGGGACAACGCUACCUUCCUGGGCACACCUGUGGCGUUCCCCGUGGCCUCCGCGUCCCAGCUUGCGGUGUCGAAGCAGCCGCUCCUCGCGCUCCUCACCAACGCCGGCGCGUCGUCCUCGCCGAGCUGGUCCGUCCCCAGCACGAACUACUCCAAGGGCGACGAGCUCAUCGACGUGCUGAGCUGCUCGACGACGAAGGUCGGCGACUCGGGCGCGGUGGCGUGGACGGGGAGCUCGGGCAUGCCUGCGGUGCUCCUCCCGACGUCGGUGUUCAACGCGAGCUAUUGCAAUGCGCUCAAGAAUGAUAUCAGUGGCGAUACAGGCAGCCCGUGGGUCGCGCAGUCGGCUGGGGAGGAGCUGCGCUUGAGCACGGCUGGCACGCUCGUGGCUGCGUCGCUCACCAUUUUGUUUUUCGCUGUGUGGAUGGCAUGAAGUCCUUCGUGCCAGGCGUACAGGGGUGGAUAUACCGGCUAGACUUGUGUUGGUUUCUGGGUUGGACUUUGGGGCAAUCGGACAGACUAUAGUACUAGACUUGCAUGAACUUUUCCGAACUGUUGUAUAUCGAACUGUAGACGUGUGUUGUACACUAAGUAGUCAGCCUCCCGCACCAUUGGUGCUGUGUAUUGCGAUUGAACAGUACUACAGUAACACAGAC